CCGUCUUUACUUGCCGUUGCCCUUUAACAUGACAAAUGGGUAAAAGUACUCUAAAACUAAAAAGAAAUAAAUUACAUGCAAUAUUCAAAAAGAAAGAAGAAAAAAGAAAAAGGAAAAUUGCCGUUGUUUGUGGAUAGAUAGGGAAAAGUGGGAAAAAAGAAUUUGUAACUUAAAAACCAUAUAGGACGUGAAUAAAUUUGUGUCAUAUUAGGACUGUGAGUCCGCUCCUAGUCACCCUCAUCCGUCGUAUACUCGUAUAUCGGCGUGCACUCGCGAACAACGCCUAAACACUCACCAUUCAUCCAUUUAUUAUUUAUUUCAACUUUCCACAAUCUCUCUCUCUCUCUCUCUAAAAUCCCUCCCUCCCUCCUUCAGUUUCAGGUCUUCCUCGUUUCGUCCUCCGUAUAAACCGCUCGCUUAUCCUCUCUGUCGAAACUCUCUUUCUUUCUCAAUCAAAGCGACAUGUCGUCCUCGGGCGGCAACUCCGGCAGUGUUGGUGGCCCGAUCGCUCCUCCUCAGCUUUACUUUUGCCACCAGUGCGAUCGUACGGUUUCCCUCAACCCUCCACCUACCUCCGAUCUCGUUUGCCCUAUUUGCAGCGGUGGUUUCGUCGAAGAGAUGGAAGCCUCUAACCCUAACCCUUUCCCCCCCAAUCCCUUCUUCUCCGUCCCCUCCUCCGACGCUCCUCCCUUCGCCUCCAGCGGCUUUCCCCUCCUCUUCUCCGCCCCCGGCCCUGGAAAUUUCUCCGACGAUCUCUCUGCCCUCUUCGGCGGCGCACCCGCACGCUCCUCGCCGUUUCAGGACCCCGACGCCUUCAACCCCUUUGUGUUCCUUCAAAACUAUUUGCAAACCCUAAGAGCAAAUGGUGCCAAUGUCCAGUUCGUGAUCGAUAACAACCCCGGCGCCGGGGGGGACCCUGCAGGUUUUCGCGUCCCCCCCAAUCUUAAUCUCGGCGACUACUUCUUCGGCCCGGGCCUCGAGCAAUUAAUCCAGCAGCUCGCGGAGAACGACCCAAACCGGUACGGCACGCCGCCCGCUUCGAAAUCCGCGGUGGAGGGCUUGCCGGUUGUGAAAAUCUCAAAGGAGUUGUUGGAUUCCGAUUCGUCCCAGUGCGCUGUGUGUAAGGACUUGUUCGAGCUCGGCGAGGAGGCCAAGCAGAUGCCCUGUAAGCACAUAUACCAUUCGGAUUGCAUUCUGCCUUGGCUGGAAUUGCACAACUCAUGUCCUGUUUGUCGCUACGAGUUGCCCACCGAUGAUACUGAUUACGAGCAGAGGCUUAGCGGGGCCUCCGCCAAUGCCAAUCGAGCUAAUCAAUCUGCGGCGGCUGGCGGGGUCAAUAUUUUUGCCGGAGUUGGUGGUGGUGGAAGUGGGAGUGGGAUUGGGAUUGGGAUUGGUGCGCCAUCUCUAGACAAUCAGAGUCCAACUCCCCGAACGGUGGAGCGGAGAUUUACCAUCUCCUUGCCACGCCUUUUCAGGGUAUUUGGUGGUUCUGCUGAGACUAGUAAUAGUGGGAGUGGAAACAAUGAUGAGUCGAACUCGGGGAAUAGGGGAGGUCAUAACUCUGGAUCGGAGGAGCCUAGGCAUGAAGAUCUCGAUUAAACACAAUUGGUGUCCCCUGCCCAGGGCAGUCGUAAAUCACAUCCUGAUAAUGUUUGACUAGGGGAUCAGCAGUUAUCAUAGUCCCUUCAGAAUUGAGAAUAUGUGGCUUAUCGUUCCUGAUUUCUAUGACAAAAUCAAGUUGGGUGUCAGGGUUAUGUGGUAGAGGUUGUUCCUAGUUUUUGCUUUUAUUGGAAGUCCAGUUUGAAGCUAAAUCUCAAAAAGUCGAGAGGGAUGAGGUUGGACGUAUAGUUAUGACUUAUGAUAAUUAGAUACAUUGACUAUUGGAAUCAUUUGAUGCAUCAGAUUCUUGAUAGGAGCAUACUUGUUGCUGUCAAAAUCAGCUGAACUUGUGUGCUGAUGAGAUUUUGUAAGGUGUUCCAUUUUAAAGAGUUGGACCACGGAAUGUUUGUUUUUUGUUUCAUCCGAAUCAAGGAUCAUUAAUGACUGCAUUAUGUGAGUCCAGCAUAGAAAGCAUAUUUUGGUUCUCUUUCGCUUUUUAA